GGGUCCUUUUAAGUACACGUAUCUCUCGCCUCUUACCCAAAUUUCCUCGAUUGCAUCUUCCGUCCCUUGUUCUUUAAAAAAACUCUCUUCUCUCUCUCUCUCUCUCCUCGCCGGCGACGAUCCCAAGCUCUGUCGUAUCUCCCGGCGAUUAUUGCAUACGGCGUUUAAUUUCUCUCUGGAAACAUAAUCCUUGAACUGUCUUUCCGGCAUCUAAUUAUAAUUCUCGAGAUUUAACUAAUCAUCUCACGCUAGAAUCAUGAAUCCUGAAUAUGAUUACUUGUUCAAGCUUUUGCUAAUUGGAGAUUCAGGUGUCGGAAAAUCUUGUCUACUUCUGAGGUUUGCUGAUGAUUCUUAUCUCGAGAGCUACAUCAGUACCAUUGGAGUUGACUUUAAAAUUCGUACUGUGGAGCAGGAUGGGAAAACUAUUAAACUCCAAAUUUGGGACACAGCAGGGCAAGAAAGAUUUAGGACAAUCACAAGCAGCUACUACCGAGGUGCCCACGGCAUUAUUGUUGUUUAUGAUGUUACGGAUCAAGAGAGCUUUAACAACGUCAAACAAUGGUUGAGUGAAAUUGACCGUUAUGCAAGUGAAAAUGUGAACAAGCUUCUAGUUGGUAACAAGUGCGACCUCACAGCAAACAAAGUGGUCUCGUAUGAGACUGCAAAGGCAUUUGCUGAUGAAAUUGGAAUCCCUUUCAUGGAAACAAGUGCUAAAAACUCCACAAACGUUGAGCAGGCUUUCAUGGCUAUGGCUGCUGAAAUCAAGAACAGGAUGGCUAGCCAACCAGCAAUGAACAAUGCAAGGCCGCCAACUGUGCAAAUUCGAGGACAGCCAGUCAAUCAGAAGUCUGGUUGCUGCUCAUCUUAAAUGGGAAUCGAUUUUAGUCGGCUUGUGAUGUUAACCAUGUUCGUUGUGGCAUGUAAAACUAGUUCUCUCGAUGCUUAGAUAAGAAAAUUAUUUGUUUAUGAUUUGCUUUUUCUUAUCAGUUGUUCGGCAGUUAAAACUUCCAUUCUUUUAAAUGUAAUUCGAUUUUCAGAAUCAUUUGUACAAAUCAGGAAUAUUGGUGAAUCCCAGUAUUUACCUUCUUUCGUUCA